GCGCGCAUGGACGCACGCGAAUGGAACGGGAGUAGCAACGCAUCGAUGAUAAAGUGAAAAGCAAAGAAGUAAAUAAUAUACAUACAUACAUAUGUAAGUAUGUAUCUACAAGCAAACCGAGUGCACACACAAUUAACGUUAAUUUACGCGCCGAGUGAUCUGCAUAAGUUCAAUGAUGGAAUAAAAAGCACACUUACUUUACGUAUAGACAGUUAAUCGAAACAAAUCAAAUAAAAAGGAAUAUAGAAUACAUACAAGUGUAGUUUAUGCAUACAUACAUACAUUCUAUAUACAAAUUAACGUGGGGCACUGCACUUCCCCUUCUGCACGUAUAGCCCGCCACAUGCACUGUUUACAUAAAAAGCUCGUGAAGUUGCCAGUUGCUAGCAAAAGAAAGUGCUGCAUUAAACGGAAAAUACAAAAACAUAUGUCUGCAUACAUAUAACAUGUAUACAGAAUUUGAAAAUGUUGCAUCGCAUUAAAAUCACGUAAAAGAAAAGUUUAAGUGAUACAAGCCUCUAAAAAGAAGGUUAUCUAAAGGAGACAAUUUUUACAUCACGUGCUGUACGAAAAUGUUAUGUUUUAUUGUUAGAAAACAAAAGUGAGCAAUUAUUUGUAAAGUUACAUAUGGAUACUCUCUGCAUAAACUAUCUAAUCUGUCAGUGUGUAUAUGUGUAUGUAAUGCGCAACUUCAUUCAUGAAUUGUGUUUUGUGUCGUUGUUUCUCAACUUGUAAACUUUUACGUCGCAUCAUAUUUGUGCAUAUGCGCGCGCGUAUUUUUCGUUUGAAACAUAAAAGCAACAAUAACAAUAGUGGAAGGAGUAAUACCUACGCGCAGUCGCAACGCAAAAGAACAGCAGCUACGCAACAAGUUUGAAAGUUGGAUACAAAGAACGGCCACAAGCAUUCUCAACAGCUUCUCAGCUUGCAGACGUACCUGAACAGCUUUUAGGCGCUUUAUAAGCCAACACAAAAAUAAUGACCCUCUUGCCAGAUAUCAAACCCUCCGAUGCUGCCUGUUGCGGCGGUGGUGCUGGCAGUAGUAGCAGCAGAAGCAGUAGCAGCAGCAGCAGUAGCACCACAGGCAGCCACAAAGGUCAUGUUGCUGAUGGGCAGGGAGCUGGUGGCAGCUGCUGCAUUGGCAUCAAUUGUUGCACCACAGCGGCCAGCUCGGAGAUGUCAAUCGAUGAGACCUCCUCGACAUCGUCUGGUGCAUCGGUGACGAAAGUGACUAACAAUUUGGGCGGCUUCCAGCCGUACAACUACAAAGAUGCUGUGGCGCAUGCCAAUUUUGCAGAAUGCCAACCCAUCGACAUCGAGUUCGAGAAUGUGCGUUACUCGGUGCGCAAGUUUUCCUUUCCGGAACGCAAGUUUGUUACCAAGGAAAUAUUACAUGGCCUGAAUGGCAACUUUCGUUCCGGUGAGCUGACGGCCAUCAUGGGACCCUCUGGAGCGGGCAAGAGCACUUUGCUCAAUGUAAUGUCGGGUUUUCGAGCGCGCGGAGUCUCGGGCAAUUUACGCGUCAAUGGCAAACCUAUGUCAACGAACUCGGAACGUUUUCGCAAACUCUCUUGCUAUAUUCAUCAGGAUGAUCUGUUGCGUCCUCAGUUGAUGGUUGGCGAGAUAAUGUUGAUGGCCGCACAUCUAAAGCUGGGCUUUCAAAUCACCAAAGCGCACAAAAUGAAUUUGAUCAAACAUAUAUUAUCUCUGCUGGGUCUGGAUCAUCGCUUCAAUGUCUACACAGCCAAACUAUCUGGCGGUCAAAAGAAGCGUCUGGCUAUUGCGCUCGAGCUGAUAAGCAACCCGCCGGUGCUCUAUUUGGAUGAGCCAACAACCGGCCUGGACAGUUCCUCGUGCAGUCAGUGCGUGGCGCUGCUUAAAAAGUUGGCCUCCCAAGGCCACACGAUCGUCUGCACCAUACACCAGCCGAGCGCCCUGAUCUUCGAGAUGUUCGACAAGCUGUACACAGUGGUCGAUGGCCAUUGCAUGUAUCAGGGUCCGACACGGGAGCUGGUGCCCUUCCUCGCCGACCAGCAGCUAGUCUGUCCGAGCUAUCACAAUCCAGCGGAUUAUUUGCUGGAAGUGGCCGUCGGCGAACAUGAACGUGAUCUGAAAAAACUCAUUUUGGCGGCGAAUAAAAAGUAUUACGAGGAUGCGGAUCGUUAUCAGUAUAUAAAUACUGACGAUGUGCAGCGUCUCAUAACGACAAUAAAAGACAACAUUGAAGGCAACACACUGAGCAAAUCGAGCACAGACUUGCCUACAGUUGCGCUGGCGCAAUUCUCAGCCUUCGAAUACGUGAAGCCAGCGGCCAACGAUUUGGCUUUGGAGGAGACAAAGGCGCUAAAUGCUUCACCACAGCCACAGCUGCAGACGGAGCAGCUGCAAGAUGGGCAGCAACAACAGCUGCCACAACCGCCACAGACACUUGCCACACAAUCACAAUACUUUGUGAACGAAAGAGACAUUAGCUCGGCCUCAUUUCUCAUGCAAUAUUUGCUACUGAUGCAACGAAUCUUGGUCUGCGCUAGACGAAACUACUUUCUAUUGCUGGCCCGGAUCGUAUCGCAUAUAUUUAUUGGCGUCAUCUUUGGAUAUCUGUACAUGAAUGUCGGCAACAAUGCGCAGUCUGUGCUCGGGAACUAUGUGUACCUCUAUGGCACAACUCUGCUGCUUGUCUACACCGGCAAAAUGGCUGUGGUUCUCACCUUUCCGCUUGAGAUCGACAUGUUAACACGCGAGCAUUUCAAUCGCUGGUACAAGCUGGGUCCCUACUUUCUUUCGAUGAUCUCCUUUGAAAUACCCUUCCAGAGUUUUUGCGCCGCACUAUAUAUCAUUAUUAGCGUUCAUUUGACCGGCAACGAUAGCUCGGAUUCCUUCCGUAUCUACUACUUCAUGCUGCUGGGCAUUAUGGCCACGCUGAGUGCACAGGCGUGGGGUUUCUUUGUGGGAGCCACGCUGCCAACCAAGCUUGCCGUUUUCCUGGGUCCGAUUUUGGCCGUAAUGUUCUCCGUUUUCGGCUUCUGCUCACGAUACAUCGAUAUAACGCCCAUGUUCCGUUGGAUGUGGCAUUUGAGCUAUUUCCGUGCUGGUUUCCACGGUGCUCUGAAUGCCAUUUAUGGCAUGGAUCGUCCGUUCCUCGAGUGCCCAGACAAUACCAUGUACUGCCACUUUCGCAGUCCCAAGGUGUUCCUCAAGUACAUGAUGAUCUCGGAUGUUCACAUGUCCGACUGUAUGCUGCUGAUGGCCAUUGUGAUUGGCGUCAUGCAUGUCCUGACGUUGGUCACGCUAUGGCGCAAGCUAAAUAAGCGAUAGGGAGAUAAAUACCCAACCCUAUGUACGUAGAUCUUAGAAUUGUUUUAGCUUUACUUUUUUUUAAAUGUAAAUAGAGGGUGUCUUCUUUGUAUGUUUUACUCGGAUUUCUUUUCGUUUGUUUUUGUUAUGCGUUCCACAAUGCUAAUUACUACUACAGAACAAAAAUCAAAAAAAUAA